GGGCGCGACCUCGGCCCCGCGGCGCCGGCCCCAUGGCUCCCUUCGGGCGGAGCCUGCUGCGGACCCGGCACCGGAGCAGGCCUGCAGUGCGCGUGGUGGAAAUGUGCUAAACACGGGUUUUUCGCUCUUUCUCCCUCUCUCUGGUGCUGAGUCUCCCUCACACAACACACAGAGUUUUCUUGAGCCGAUCUCCCACUAAAGGCAUGGAUUCAGAGGAGAAGGAAAUUGUGGUUUGGGUUUGCCAAGAAGAGAAGAUCGUCUGUGGGUUAACUAAACGCACCACCUCUGCUGAUGUCAUCCAGGCUUUGCUUGAGGAACAUGAGACUACAUUUGGAGAGAAACGAUUUCUGCUGGGGAAGCCCAGUGAUUACUGCAUCAUAGAAAAGUGGAGAGGCUCAGAACGGGUUCUUCCUCCACUCACUAGGAUCCUGAAGCUUUGGAAAGCUUGGGGAGAUGAGCAGCCCAAUAUGCAAUUUGUUUUGGUUAAAGCAGAUGCUUUUCUUCCGGUUCCAUUGUGGCGGACAGCUGAAGCCAAAUUAGUGCAAAACACAGAAAAAGUGUGGGAACUCAGUCCAGCAAAUUACAUGAAGACAUUACCACCAGAUAAACAAAAAAGAAUAGUAAGAAAAACGUUCCGGAAACUGGCUAAAAUUAAGCAGGACACCGUUUCCCAUGAUCGAGAUAGUAUGGAGACAUUAGUUCAUCUGAUCAUUUCCCAGGACCAUACUAUUCAUCAGCAAGUCAAGAGAAUGAAAGAGCUGGAUCUGGAAAUUGAAAAGUGUGAAGCUAAGUUCCACCUUGAUAGGGUAGAAAAUGAUGGAGAAAAUUAUGUCCAGGAUGCAUAUUUAAUGCCCAGUUUCAGUGAAGUUGAGCAAAAGCUGGACUUGCAUUCUGAUGAAAACCAGAUUUUGGAGGACCUGACUGAAAGUGACGGAAUCGUACACCUGGAGGAAAGAUUAGCAUAUUACCGAAUGCUCAUUGAGAAGCUCUCUGCUGAAAUAGAAAAAGAGGUAAAAAGUGUUUGCACAGAGAUAAAUGAGGACGCAGAAGGGGCAGCUGCAGGUGAGCUUGAAAGCUCCAAUUUAGAAAAUGUCAAGUGUGAUUUGGAGAAAAGCAUGAAAGCUGGUUUGAAAAUCCACUCUCACUUGAGUGGCAUCCAGAAGGAGAUUAAAUACACUGACUCAUUGCUUCAGAUGAAAGCAAAAGAGUAUGAAUUCCUGGCCAAGGAGUUUAAUUCACUUCAUAUUAGCAACAAAGAUGGAUACCAGCUAAAGGAAAACAGAGGGAAGGAAUCUGAGGUCCCCAAUAGCAGUGGGGAGGUUCCCUCCUUGACUCAAAGAGUAUUUAACUUGUAUACAAAUGACACGGACUCGGACACUGGUAUCAGCUCUAACCAUAGUCAGGACUCAGAAACAACUGGAGGAGACAUGGUGCUAUUGUCAACAUAAUUUGACUGGCUUGUCUCUGACCUACCUUAAUGUUCAUGUUUGUUUAAUAGGAAACUUUAUUUUAGAUGUCAUUCUGAGAACGAUGUAAAUCAUGUUAAGUAUUCAGUAGCUAAUACAAACUAGAGAAAAUUUAUUUUUGAUUUAAGAGUUCUAAAGUGACCUAAUUAUUACAAGUUCAGUCGGUGAGCUGUUUAUUAGGAAUGCAGCACAAAUAGCUUGCAGGUGUAGAACAGAAAUAAUUUGAUGGAAAUUAUAAUCUCUUACAGUUUCUGUGAGAAAUGAUUUAUGCAAACAGAACCAGUUCUUAAUAUUGCAGUCAAUAUAUUGGAACUAUUCACGUGAACAAGUAAAAUCAAAAAUGUGCUGUAACAUAUUUUUUCAAAGCUGUAUUAUUGGAAUUUUUAAGUCUGUAAAGUACAUGACAGCUAUUCUGUUGUAACUGUAUGAAUUCAAGUCUUGGUUCUUCCUGUUGAUACUUAGAAUACACUUCAUCUCUGUCACUUUCUGAACCCCUCUACCUGUUUUAAGAUGACAGGAAGUGGGAAGGGCUGCCCAUGGGACAUGUAUAUAGAUCUAGCAGUGGAUUGGAUGGGGGUUACAGAUGAGAAAGAACCACGUUGUUAAGAACUAAGUCUGGGCUUUCUCCGACAAAGCAAAAAUCUUCUGAUCAAACAAAUGGUGGAAGCAGGUUCGUUUUUUGAGUAAGGUGUGAUGUGGGUUACAGAGAAAAUCACAGGGUCGCAGUCCUGUUUAUUUACACCCUGUCUACAAAAGUCCAAGAGAGGCAACUUGUGGUCCUUUGUGUGGGUAAAACAGAGUUCUGUAUACUCUAAGUAUUAGCAUUUUGUCUCUGAACCUACAGAGGGGAAUUCACAUGGACAGAAACCUUUUAUUCUGUUAAACUGGAAUUCAGAUCUCUGUAGAUCUUCAGCUAAGGUGCAAAAAAAAAAAAAAAAAGAUUAGCUUUAGCUCUAACCCCACUCCUCCCCCAAGGAUGCUAGUAAAUAUCCAACAAACUGAACGGAUAAUUUAAGAUAAUUUAGAUCCUACCUUGAGAUGACACUCAUUAGAGUGCCAAACAUUAGAGGCUUGGUUUUACCUGGUGUUUAGUUAGGAAGUUUUCCUCCCUCUCUCCCUUCUCUGCUUCUUGCCAGUAAACACAUGAUGUCGUCAUAUUGUAAACAGUUAGUUUUAUUGUACUGUUAAAUAAAUAUCACUGUGGUUUCUUUUUUUUUUUUUUAUCACUGUGGUUUCUUUUUCUUUAAGACACUUUUCCUGUAUGUCAGUGUGCAUGCAAGUAAGAAUAUUAUUUUACUUAAGUUUUCAUACGUGGAUAUGAAAGAUUUUUGAGAAGAUUUUUGAGGAUAUGAGAAGAUUUUUCUCAUUCCCUUUUAUUCCCAUGCUUACUGUAGUGCGUGUUUUAACUGAGUUUCCUAACCUACUUUUUCAUUUCUCCAUCCCCCAGACUUUUCACCAGUCUUUGGGAAGAUACUUAGAAUGUUUAGGAUUUCACUUUUGGAGAGCAUCUGUGUUAUUAUUUCUCACACCUAAGAUAAUGCUAAGGCUUCGGUUGAAAUUGGCUAGUAGAGAAUGUAGGAAUUUCAGGGAAAACAUAGUGAUUAAAAAGUAAUAAUGUUAACAUUAUUAAUUUAAAAAAAGAAGGGAAUUGAAUAGUCAUCUGAGAAAGGGAAGUUUAUUUGCCAAAUAUCUCAUUAAAUCAUUCAACAAUAGGGCAAGUUAUUGAUAAAGUCAUUGUUCACUUCUGGGGAUUAAAUUCAUAAGAUUAUCAUUAGUGAUAAACCAAUUGCAAUGUUGAAAGCAAUCUCUUUGGAUUACUCUGGUGAGAAAAUAAUGAAAAGAACAUUACUUAUAUGCUAUAAAAUUUGAUUACUUAUCUGAAUUCAGAAGAGGUUCUGAUAAGAAAUCAGACUGGACAGAUAAUUUCAUUUUAGAAUCUUUGAAUUAACUUCUGCUUUUAUAUAGUUAAGUACAGUGAUACAUUCUAAGGACCACUCCUAUAUUUUUACAAUAUAUUAUGUUAUAAGCUCUUGUCAGAAAGCAGAACUAUUGAUUUUUAAAUUCACUUUAGAAUUUCUAGUUGUUUUUUAGUUACACAGAUGUAUUUGUGCUUUUGAUUCAUGACAAUAUUAAAUCUUCAGUUACCAUGCUGAAUCUUUAAUUUAGAGUAAUAUAUUAGUACACAUAUAAGGCAACUACAAUUGCCCUCAUCUCUGGAUACUGAGCUAUUCUUUAUUAAAUUGAGAAUUUGAAUUAUAAAUAUAGAACUUGACCUAAGCUUUAAUGUUUAGUUUUAAUUAUGUAUAGAAUCUUUAAAGUGUUUAUAAAUUUUUGAGUAACCUAACAGGUUAACUAUGAAAUUGCUAUAUGCAGCUAGAAGUAGCAAACCAAAGCUGACUAUUCUUCCUUCUAGUAACAUCUUAUAUUUUCAUGGACUGUACCGUGUUCAUUCUCCCCCUCGUAAUGCCUUUUUUCCCCUCCAUCCACCAUACAUGGAAACCUACCCAUUUUGCUUUUUUAACAUGUUAUGUCUUCUACGAAACACUUAUUCCAUUUAAUCAGUUGUAAUAUCUUAUCUCUGAGCCUACAACUAUUUUAGGUGUACUUUUCAUAGAGGGGCACUUAUAUUACUGCUUAGUUUAUAUUUAUUUAUGCACUUACCUAAUUUCCCUUGCCCAAUGUAUUUUUUACUAUUUUAUUACUUUGUUUUCUGUCUUGUUAACUGUAAUCCCUCCAGUCAACCUCUUUACCUCUUUGCCCUUCAAUUUUUGAAUUGAAAUGGUAAAUUUUAGAAGGCCACAUCCAUUUAAAAAAAUCAUUUCUAUGUGUGGUAAAUGAUGCUCAUGAGUUUUUAUAUGUAAAUAUGCAUUUUAGCAGACUUAAAAGAGUAACAGUAAUUCUACUUAUGAAUUCUUUAGGGGAGGCACUAAAUCUUUGUGGUAUGAAAAAAAUUUAAAUUGGUAAAUUUUUUAUUUUAAAGUCAAGGUUACUGAUUUAAGGCAAUGCAAAUAUUACCUUUUAAAGGGCUCUCAAUGGUUAAAUUAUGGUAUUUUCCUUUGCAUUGUAUGCAUGUAGGAAAAAAUAUAUUAUCCUGCAUAAUAUAUUGAAUUGAAUGGAGUUGAAUUUUAAGUAGUAGACACAAACUUUCAAACAAUGUCCUAAAUGAAAUAAUCUAUUUUAUUUUCUCUAACUCAAAAAAAUAAAUGUCCUCUCAGUGUAUUGAACCUAUUCUAAUCUAUUAAAUUUUUAUUUUUAUAUUAUUUAAACAUUGUACGUGACAAAAUAUACUUCUGUGGCUGCAUUUUAUAGUUUUUCAAAAUAGGUUUGUUGUUUUAUUUAGAAUGUAUUUUUCUAGUUGACAAAAGCAAUAUCUUUUAAUCCAGAUAUAGAUUUUUAAAAAAUAUUUAGGCUAUUUCUUCUCAUACUACCUGACUGGUUUAAUAAACCUGAUGUAACAAAUAUAAAAUAUAUAUCAUUUCUUCAAGUGUAACUAAUCCAGAAUAAUAAAAGAAAUAGUUGUAUCCUU